UGGAAUAAACUAAGAAAGAUGGCUGUCCAGCAUCUGUUUGUUUUCUGUGGUCUGCUGUCUUUGGGCUCGUGUGUGCCUCCUGUCUGGUUACAGCCUGAGCAGGUGCACAUUUCCUAUCCAGGUGUAAAGGGGUCAAUGCUGAUCACCUGGACAACCCUUGACUACACAGAGAGCAUGGUGGAAUAUGGACUGUGGGGUGGGAAGCUCUUCAGUCUUACUGCGAAGGGAAACUCCACUUUAUUUAUUGAUGGAGGUUCAGAGAGGCGUAAAAUGUACGUUCACAGAGUCACCUUGCCAGGUCUAAGACCUGGUGCUAAAUAUGUUUACCACUGUGGUAGUGAAGAGGGCUGGAGUGAUAUUCUCUUCUUUACCGCACUGAAUGAGAGCAUAAGUUUCAGCCCUAGAUUUGCUCUGUUUGGUGACAUGGGCAAUGAAAACCCUCAAUCUCUGGCCAGACUUCAGAAGGAGACACAGGCUGAGAUGUAUGAUGUCAUUCUGCACAUUGGAGACUUUGCUUAUGAUAUGCAUAAGGACAAUGGGAGAAUUGGGGACGAGUUUAUGAGGCAGAUUGAGUCCAUUGCAGCCUAUGUGCCGUAUAUGACCUGUCCUGGUAACCAUGAAUGGGCCUACAAUUUUUCACACUACAAGAGCCGUUUCAGUAUGCCAGGGGAAACCGAGAGUCUGUGGUACAGCUGGAACAUUGGGUCAGCACAUAUCAUCUCUUUCUCCACUGAAGUCUACUUCUACAUUGAAUAUGGUCUAGAUCUUCUCUUUAGACAGUACAAAUGGUUACAGAAAGACCUGGAGGAAGCAAACAAACCAGAGAACAGGGCUGCAAGACCCUGGAUAAUCACCAUGGCACACAGACCCAUGUACUGCUCCAAUGAUGAUAAAGAUGACUGCACCAAGUUUGAAAGCUAUGUACGCCAUGGGCGCAGUGACACAAUGCCGCAUGCCCCAGGCCUGGAGGACUUGUUCUAUCAGCACGGAGUGGAUCUGGAGCUUUGGGCACAUGAACAUACCUAUGAGAGAUUAUGGCCUGUGUAUAAUUACAAGGUGUAUAAUGGGAGUGUUGAUGCACCAUAUGUAAAUCCCAAAGCACCUGUUCAUAUCAUUACUGGCUCAGCUGGGUGUCGAGAAAAACAUGAUGGGUUUAUCCCCAAACCUCGAGACUGGAGUGCCUUCAGAAGUACAGAUUAUGGCUACACACGUAUGCACAUAAUCAACUCAUCACACCUUUACCUAGAGCAAAUCUCUGAUGACCAGUCUGGAAAAAUUAUAGACAGUUUCACAAUGAUAAAGGAAGUUCAUGGGCCUGAGGCAUGGCUCUGAAGACUCCAUCAACUCAGAAAAAGUGAGCACAAUCAACCUUUUACUAUGCAAAUUAAACUUUAAUAAUAUACAGUACAUCCUAAGUUUUGUCUUUGGAAAAUAAACAAAUGGACAUUUAAUAAAAAAUUAUGAUAUGCAUGUGUGCAUGUGAAAUCUUGCCAUUUUUACAGUGAGUGUAAAAAUGUAAGAUAAAUCUACCACAUGGAAAUGAUGUUUUAAAUUAAAUUCAUCAAUCUUUUAUGCAAGCAACCAAACCUGAUUCAGAUUUUUUCUUUGAAUGUACAGCGACCCGAGAUCCCUCUCUUACCUCAUUUUGGCAAUGUUAAAUGUGAUUUUAUAAAAUGUCCUCCUAAAGACAUUGCUGACAACUUUUAAUAAUCAUUUAUUAAUAUCAAAAUGAAUACUUUUUUAAGUACAAUUUUGACUUUUUUGUCUCUGUAAAAACAAAAACUGUUCUUUUUUGAUUUGUAAAUGGACCUCAAUAAAUGUACAAUUUUUAAGACA